AGUCCGAGAUCCCGAACUCUCAGAUCUCACCAACCGCAGACGAACCGAUUAUAAAUAAGCCCCCGCAAAACCCCCUUUCUCCCUCGCCUCGCCCCCCUGAGCUCUCUCGUCCUUCCUCCAGCCUCCGCCCCCUCGCCGCCGCGCUCCUCCCAGCCCAGGAAAGAUGGCGUCCCACAUUGUUGGAUACCCUCGCAUGGGCCCCAAGAGGGAGCUCAAGUUUGCCCUGGAGUCUUUCUGGGAUGGCAAGAGCAGCGCCGAGGAUCUGGAGAAGGUCGCCACCGAUCUCAGGGCCAGCAUCUGGAAGCAGAUGGCUACUACUGGGAUCAAGUACAUCCCCAGCAACACCUUCUCGUACUAUGACCAGGUUCUCGACACAACCGCCAUGCUCGGGGCUGUCCCAGACCGCUACUCAUGGACCGGGGGUGAGAUUAAUUUGAGCACCUACUUCUCGAUGGCUAGGGGAAAUGCCACUGUCCCUGCUAUGGAGAUGACCAAGUGGUUUGACACCAACUACCACUUUAUCGUCCCUGAAUUGGGUCCCAACACCAAGUUCUCCUACUCUUCUCACAAGGCUAUCAACGAAUACAAGGAGGCUAAGGCGCUUGGCAUUGACACCGUACCAGUGCUUGUCGGACCAGUCUCAUACUUGUUGCUCUCAAAGCCUGCCAAGGGUGUUGAGAAAUCAUUCUCUCUUCUGUCCCUUCUUAGCAGCAUCCUUCCUGUCUACAAGGAGGUUAUUGCUGAGUUGAAGGCAGCUGGGGCUUCUUGGAUUCAGUUUGAUGAGCCCACCCUUGUCAAGGACCUUGAUUCUCACCAAUUGGCUGCAUUCUCUUCUGCUUACACGGAACUUGAGUCAGCACUUUCUGGAUUGAAUGUGCUUGUUGAGACAUACUUUGCUGAUGUUCCUGCAGAAUCAUACAAGACCCUUACAUCAUUGAGCAGUGUGACUGCUUAUGGUUUUGACCUUGAACGUGGAACCAAGACUCUUGAUCUUGUCAGGAGUGGUUUCCCUGCUGGAAAGUACCUCUUUGCUGGUGUUGUAGAUGGACGCAACAUUUGGGCUGACGAUCUUGCUGCAUCUCUCAUCACUCUACAGUCUCUUGAGGCUGUUGUUGGGAAGGACAAGCUUGUGGUAUCGACUUCCUGCUCACUCAUGCACACUGCUGUGGAUCUUGUUAAUGAGACUAAGCUUGACGAAGAGAUCAAGUCAUGGCUUGCGUUUGCCGCCCAAAAGGUGGUUGAGGUGAACGCCCUUGCCAAGGCAUUGGCCGGCCAAAAGGACGAGGCUUACUUUGCAGCAAAUGCUGCUGCUCAGUCCUCAAGAAGGUCAUCACCACGUGUGACAAAUGCGGAAGUCCAAAAGGCUGCUACUGCCCUGAAGGGCUCUGACCACCGCCGUGCUACCAACGUCAGUGCUAGGUUGGAUGCACAACAGAAGAAGCUAAACCUCCCAAUCCUUCCCACGACAACUAUUGGUUCAUUCCCACAGACUGUGGAACUCAGGAGAGUCCGUCGUGAGUACAAGGCAAAGAAGAUCUCUGAGGAGGAGUACACCAAUGCCAUCAAGGAGGAAAUUAGCAAGGUUGUUAAGAUUCAAGAAGAGCUUGACAUUGAUGUGCUUGUGCACGGAGAGCCUGAGAGAAACGAUAUGGUCGAGUACUUUGGUGAGCAGCUCUCUGGUUUUGCAUUCACUGCCAAUGGUUGGGUGCAAUCUUAUGGAUCACGGUGUGUCAAGCCACCAAUUAUCUAUGGUGAUGUGAGCCGCCCCAACCCCAUGACUGUGUUCUGGUCCAAGACGGCACAGAGCAUGACCGCUCGCCCAAUGAAGGGAAUGCUCACUGGUCCCGUCACAAUCCUUAACUGGUCUUUUGUCAGAAAUGACCAACCUAGGUUUGAGACUUGCUACCAGAUUGCUCUAGCAAUCAAGAAGGAGGUUGAGGAUCUUGAGGCUGGUGGUAUUCAGGUCAUCCAAAUUGAUGAGGCUGCUUUGAGAGAGGGUCUGCCACUCCGCAAGGCAGAGCAUGCAUUCUACUUGGACUGGGCUGUGCACUCCUUCAGGAUCACCAACUGCGGUGUCCAGGACACCACCCAGAUCCACACCCACAUGUGCUACUCCAACUUCAACGACAUCAUCCAGUCCAUCAUUAACAUGGAUGCCGAUGUGAUCACCAUUGAGAACUCACGCUCUGACGAGAAGCUUCUCUCUGUCUUCCGUGAGGGUGUUGUGUACGGCGCUGGCAUUGGCCCUGGUGUCUACGACAUCCACUCUCCCAGGAUCCCGUCCAUGGAGGAGAUUGCCGACCGUGUCAACAAGAUGCUCGCGGUGCUCGACACCAACAUCCUCUGGGUGAACCCUGACUGCGGUCUCAAGACCCGCAAGUACACCGAGGUCAAGCCUGCCCUUGCCAACAUGGUUGAGGCCGCCAAGCUCAUCCGCAAGCAGCUCGCCAGCACCAAGUGAGCAAGCGGUGUUCAUAUAGCAGCUCUCCCCUUUUAAUCACAUGGAGGAUGCCACCAGUGUCAUAGCCGUUUGUUUUGGAAUAAUCUGGAUCUCUCGUUGAUCCACUUGUCUUUGGUUAGGUUAGUCGUUUCUCGGCUGGUUUUACUUCGCAUGAAUUUGGUGGUUUUGAGGCGGUUAUCAGUGUAACUGUAUUGUAAACUGAGUGGGGAUUUGCAGUGUUUCAUCUGCAUAUCGAAUGUGUUACCGUUCAACUUACGAUUUUUUUAAAAUGUUUCUCCGUA